AUGGCCACCACUCGCGAGCGCCGGAUUGCGAAAGAGUUAGCCGACAUUCACAACGACAAGGACAAUUCGGGCGUUUUCGCGCAUCCAGUGGACCCCUCGAACCUUACGCACCUUAAGGGCACCUUUCCGGGGCCGCCCGACACGCCGUAUGCUGGGGGAAAGUACGAGAUUGAUAUAAUCAUUCCGGACAUGUACCCCUUCAAGUCUCCAAUUAUGAAGUUCGAUACAAAGAUUUGGCAUCCCAAUGUCAGCAGUGUGACGGGAGCUAUCUGUCUUGACACGCUCGGCACGGGCUGGUCGCCUGUAGGCACGAUCAAGAUGGCGUUGAUCUCGCUUCGGAUGCUGCUCGAAUCACCGAACCCUAAAGAUCCCCAAGACGCCGAGGUCGCUAAGAUGAUGAUGGAACACCCUGACGAGUUUGCACGGAAGGCGCACGACUGGGCUGUCAAGUACGCAGGAGCGCCGAGGCAGGCCAUCCUCACACACAAUUACCAAGCGACGCCGCCCCCAGUAGCAAAGAACGACCCUUCAAGAUACCAAGGGUAUAAUAAGGACCUAGUGGACCGGUUCGUCAAUAUGGGCUUCGACGUUGACGCCGUGGUCGAGGCAUUCCUCUAUGUGGGUAUUGACCGCAAUGGAGGCGAGGAUUACGAGCUGGAGGAAGCUUAUAUGGGGGAUAUCACCGCUCGACUUCUCGGUGAGCAGUAA